AAUGCUGAUAAAAUUAAACUAAGAGUUGCUUCGAAGAAGUGGCCGUAGGUGUUGAGAUUGAGGCGUCGAGCCUAAGCUAUGAUGCAAGAUUCGCAGCAUCUUAAUAUCCUGCCGUGCAGGGGAAACUAUAUAGGAGAAAUAACCAGUCAAACGCAGAUGACACGGUAAUCAUUCGGCAUCAAAUCGAGCUAAAGUCCUGUAGUGACGCGACAAGCGAGUUCAGAACAACCUGAGCUUCGAAGUUGACCCACGGGUCGGUCUGCUCCUCCGUUUCCCACGUUGCCGCCUGUAGCUUCUUCCUCUCCCCACGGGCCACGGCGACGCGCCACCGUCUCCCUACCGUCCGCCGGGUCCAAAGUCUCCCCUCCAUACAAGCUACUAGAAUAGUUGAAAAACCCGGGCCUCCUCAACCGCAAGUUCCCGGUGCGAGCUCCAGCCUCCAGGAAGCGAGGAGGAGCCAGCCGCGGCAGAGACGCUCUAUCUAUCGGUCGAUGGAGGUGGCGGUGGCGGUGGAGGUGGUGGAGGAGAACAAUAGGAAGGUGUUCGUCGUGGUGCCGGCGGAGCGCAGGGCGGGGCGGUCGACGCUUUCGUGGGCUCUCGGCCAUCUCUGCGGCGGAGCCACCACGGUCGUCGUCACGCACGUGCACGUCCAGCCGCAGAUGAUCCCCGUCAUGGGAGCCAAGUUCCAUGCCAGCAAGCUGAGCUCGGAGCAGGUGAGCUCGUUCAGAAGGAUGGAGCGCGACAAGGCGGACAGGAUGCUGGACGACUACGUCCAUCAGUGCCGGAAAACCAAGGUGAGAUGUGAGAAGCUGGUGGUCGAGAAGGAAGAUGUCGCGUCCGGCCUCGUCGAGCUCAUUGGCCUGCGCGGAAUCACCGAGCUGGUAGUUUCGGCUGCUGCGGACCGGCAGUACUCGACAAAACUGGACAGACCUGUCUGCAGGACAGCAGCAGCGAUAAUGCAGAGAGCUGAUCCAUCGUGCAAGAUCUGGUUCGUCUGCAAGGAGCAGUUAAUCUGCACCAGGGAAACCAAAGUACAGAUUGCACCAUCUGCUGUCACUGCACCGUUGCUCCCUAAUCCUAGCCGUGAAGUCCUUCAUUUGUCAACUCACCAAGAAGAGGAUGAUGAUGACAUUGAGGUUGAAUUGGGGUUCUAUGACGAACUCAGGGAGGCAUGCAGAGCAGCCGAGGACCUGAUGAACAGAGCUCUGAACGAAUCCCACAGGCGCCAGAAGGCAGACGAAGAAGUGGCCUCAUGUCUCCAGAAGGCCAAAGAACACGAGGAGCUGUACCUGGCGGAGGUGAAGAAGAGGGAGGAGCUCGAAGCAGCCCUGGCGAGAGCAGAAAAAGAAAUUUCAGAGCUACGACAGGCAAGCCAGCAAAACACGACCGAGGAGGCGACGGCGACGAUAUCGGCCCUGGGACUGCAGAGCACGACCAAGGAGGAGCCGGAGGCGGCGCCCUGGCACUGCCAGUGCCAAUGCCAGAGCAAGCUGGCCGCGUCGUCUCCGUCGUCGGUCAUACCAUGGUCGCCUCGUGCCGACGAAGACGGGCUCACUUGCGAAGCCGGCGUGGUCGGGUGCUGCUGGCUCGACGGGAUGCCGUCGCCCGAAGGCGUCGCCCAACCGCUCGCGCGCCCCAGUUUUGGCCUCCGUGCCGCGGUCCAGGAAUACAUGAGGCAGCAGUCGCAGCAGCGGUGCCCGUUUCCUUAAAUCGCGUGCGUGCGCGCGCCUUGGUAGCUUCUCCUUAGAAUAUUCUUCGUCUUUCGUAUGCAGCGCUUGUAUAUAUAUACACGGACACUAGGCUUCUAGUUCGACAUUGGAGAAGUCAUACAAACGGAUGAAAGUAUUGCAAUAUUCAGUUCA